GCCGGGAAGAUGGCGGCGGAGGCAGCGGUGGCGCCGGGUUUGGAGCUGACGGCGCUGGACGGGCGGGAACUGCGGAUCCUGAGGGGGUCCCAGGACAGUCCCUUUCCCCAGGAACUCUAUGGCAGUGCCCAAGCCCCCCCUGAAUUCAGCAGCUGUUGUGUGGCUGUGCCCACAUCUGCCCCCAGCACAUGGACUCCAUGGUGCAGCUGCAGGAGGAGCCCCAGCUCAGCUCUGCCUUCCAGCACUUCAGCAUUUUUGGGCAGUCCCGACCGUUCGGACUUUUGGGACCCCAUUCAGCGAUCCGGGAAAACGGCGGGUUCAGGGUGGUAGAUUCCAGUCCCGAUCGCUCAAACAUUUGGGACCCCAUUCAGCGAUCCGGGAAAACGGCCGCUUCGGGCUUGUCGAUUCAAGUCCAGACCGUUCGGACUUUGGGGACCCCAUUCAGUGAUCCGGGAAAACGGCCGCUUCGGGCUGGAAGAUUCAAGUCUCGACCGUUCGGACUUUGGGUACCCCAUUCAGCGAUCCAGGAAAACGGCCGCUUCGGGCUGGUAGAUUCAAGUCCCGAUCGCUCGGACUUCGGGGACCCCAUUCAGCCAUCUGGGAAAAUGGCAGCUUCGGGCUGGUAUAUUCAAGUCCCGACCGUUCGGACUUUUGGGACCCCAUUCAUCGAUCCGGGAAAACGUCCGUUUCCUGCUGGUAGAUUCAAGUCCCGACCGUUUAGACUUUUGGGACCCCAUUCAGCGAUCCGGAAAAACGGCCGGUUCAGGGUGGUAGAUUCAAGUCCCAACCGUUCGGACUUUUGGGACCCCAUUCAGCGAUCAGGAAAACGGCCACUUCGGGCUGGCAGAUUCAAGUCCCGACCGUUCGGAUUUUUGGGACCCCAUUCAGCGAUCCGGGAAAACGUCCGCUUCGGGCUUGUCGAUUCAAGGUUUGUUGGAAAAGGCAAACCCGUAGGCCGACUGUUGGUGGUGCUGUGCGUAGGGUUCCAUGUUAGGGUUAAGGCCAGCCAAACGAUCCGGGAAAACGGCCGCGUCGGGCUGACAGAUUCAAGUCCCAAUCACUGGGACUUCGGGGACCCCAUUCAGCGAUCCGGGAAAACGGCCGCUUUGGGCUCGUUGAUUCAAGUCCCGACCAUUCAGACUUUUAAGACCCCAUUCAGCGAUCCGGGAAAGCGGCCAAUUCGGACUGCGAUCCAGGAAAACAUCCGCUUCGGGCUGGUAGAUUCAAGGUUUGUGUUUAAACGCAAACCCGCAGGCCGACUUCCCGAACGUUCGGACUUUUCGGACCCCAUUCAGCGAUCCCGAAAAACACACGUUUCGGACUGGUACAUUCAAGCGAUCCGGGAAAACACGCGAUUCGGACCGGUAGAUUCAAGGUUUGUGGAAAAAGACAAACCCGUAGGUCGACUUCCCGACAUUUCGGACAUUUGGGGACACCAUUCAGCAAUCCGGGAAAACAGCAGCUUCUGGCUCGUAGAUUCAAAGUUUGUGGUAAAAGGCAAACCCGUCGGUUGUAACAUCUACCCACGGAAAGAACUUUCGGACAUUGGGGACCCCAUUCAGUCACCUGGGAAAAAGGCCGCUUCGGACUGGAAUGCCGAGCCAUGCCAUAGCUGUCAGCCAAUGCUGGAUAGUCGCUUUGGAGUCAGUCUUAAGGUGCUGAGUGGCUACAAUCAUUCCACUAUAUGUGUCUAUGGUUACCGCUAG